AAUUAAUUAUUUAGUGCCGGUAGUCAUGCGAAAAAGAUUUCAUGAAUUACUCGGUCAGCUCUGCGACCUGACAAGGUCACUUAAAAAGUUCGUGCAUUUUUUUAUUUUUAUUUUGUAACACCGUGAUGUUUUUAUUUUAUUUUUUUUUGCUUUAUUUUGCAGAUGAUAUUUCACCAGAAACAUGUAAGCCUAAAGGAAGUGUAAUACUUUGGAAACAUAACUGGGAAAAUAAGUAGGUUCAAUUACUUGCCUGAUACGAUCGUAAAACUGGAGUUUUAAACACCUGAAAUAAAAUAUAUAGAAUUGAAGAAGUGAAAAUCUAAAAUUUAAAUUCGAACAGAAAGACAUUAGAUAUAAGAUGUUCUCGUUCCACAAACCACGAGUGUAUCGCUCGGCUGAAGGAUGUUGUAUUUGCCGUGCUAAGUCGAGCAGUUCACGUUUCACCGAUUCGCGCAAAUAUGAACAAGAUUCCAUGAAAUGCUUCGAUCUGAAGUAUCCCCGACACGGAGAGAUUUGCAAUGCGUGCGUGUUGUUGGUGAAACGUUUUAAACGUCUUCCCAUGGGCAGUACUCGGCAUUGGGGACAUGUUGUUGACGCACGAGCCGGACCAGGCACAAAGUCCAUAUCAAAACAUAAGAAGAGCCGUGACGAUGCUGAAAAUACAUCAAAUAAUACAAUAAGUAACAAUACAAACUCCCGGCGUACACAUAGCUCAAAAUCGCUUAUACCCGAAAAAUUUUCAAAAAUCUUUAAAAAGAGUAAGAAAAAUAAAUUGAAUGUGGUGCCCAAUACUGAUAAGAAAACUGGCACACGUCGAACCUCCAUAACCAGUUUAAAAACAUGGGGUGACCAAAAUUCGUUGUCCCACACACCCGAUUCAGUAGAUAGUGACUACGAAGAUAUCGGUGAAGGUGGGGAGGCUUGCGAAGUCAGCCAAAUAGGCAAUAGCUCAACUGUGCAAUUUCAAACACAAACUCGCGCGUCUUCGUAUCGUGCCUGCCGGAAGAGGACCAGCAGCGGCAAUAUAAUUUCUUUUCGGAGAAGUCUUAAAAUCGGUAGUAAACGGCGAAAAUGCAUGCCACCCAUGCGGAAUCGGUCCACAAUGAAGAUUUUCAACGACAAAAUGCAAUUCUUCGAUGAAUCAGAAUGGCAGGAGCGCAAAUCAUGUUGCGGUAUGGUGUAUGUGUGCCCAGAAUUAACUGGAACAAUAUUAAUCGAUAUGGAGAACUUCAAAGCUUGUCCAGAACACCAACGUCCGCGAGGUGUAGAUGUUGCGGGUAGCAAAACAGCUAAGGAGCAGCAACCGGUGGCUCCGCAAAAGACAAUCAUCGCAACUUUGCCCGCAGUGGUACAAAUAUCAGCGCCAUCAGUUGCUAGCGUUUGCCUUCCACCGCUACCCACUGCAGUGCCUGUUUUGAAUCCGAAUCCUACUCCAGUAUUGAAGAAGCAUCACCUUUUCUUCAAAAGGCAGUCUGAAUGCUUUCCUCAAGUAGAUCUCCCUGUGAAUAAUAACAUAGUAAUUUCUUCGAAUAAGACUGAGUCCCUGGCAGCAAUAACAACUACUCCGGUUAUAAUCAAAAGCAGUACCAACAUCACCAACCAUAAAACUACAAUACCAACCAUACCACAUACAUCUGCAAUAAAUAAUGCAAAUAACCCAUCUACUUCCGUUUCCACACCGCUAGCAUUAGCUGUUAAUACUACGAAUAUGCCUGCCAUAUCGAGCAUUUCCCCGUCUAGUUCCACGCCUAUGAGCGGGCAAAUGCCGCGACAUUCUACCGCCAAAGUAACAACAAUAUCCCCGCCUUUGCCCGCGGCAACAAAUAUGGCUAGCGGAAAUAGGCUAUUGCAUAAAAUCAAGUCAGGAAAAAUAUUCAAGCAAUCUCUGGACAAAAUAGGUGUUAUGACAGGCGCUGGAGCAGUUUCUCCUUCGGCUGUUGAGCGAAUCAAAGCGGGCGAUUUGCAGGAGUUAAAACCUGUAAUCCGCAAUGUGCCAAAAUCGUAUGUUAUUACGAAACCAACGAGUGGUGCUGGUCAACAGUGCACACAAUAUUACCCUCCGGUUGGCUCGUCACCAACAUCGACAUGCUCUAAUUCUUCGGUCAUUUCGUCAACAUUGUCAUCAGCAGCGCCAAAGUUUAGCGACAACUCGUCAGAUUCGGGUUUCGAUGAAAAUCUGCAGGAUCGAAAAUCUGCCAGUCCUUUGCAGGAGGAUACUGAAAAAAAACUAGCAGCUCGUGCACCGAUGGGCAAUGUGCAUACUAUGUUCCUUGCAAGCGGAGUUCAAAUACAUGGACAACACCAGAAUUUAAUGCUGACCGGCAACGAGGUAGCAGCAAAGUUAUUGCAAAAUCGCAAACAGCAAAUGUCAAUGAUGGCAACUUCCAAUUCCAGUAUCAUGCACCACUACCAACAACACUCAUCAAAUAAUGCAGCAGCGCGUCUUGGAACGUCGACGACAUCUUUAAAAAUUUCGCAAGUUAGCCCCUCAUCUAUAUCGACCAUAUCGGUCGGCAGUACAGUUAGUAGCAAUUUGGGAUCUCACAUCAAGACGACAACGACACACAACACUUCCGUCUCGUACAAUCUAUAAUAGCAAUACAAUACAACAUGAGAAUGGUGUGACAACGAUCUGUGCCCGCUUCUUCUUUAGCUGCUUCGUCACAAACCGCUGCUAUGAAUGCGCUUGCGCCAAGCACGGUUACUAUAACACCAGCUCCGACCCAUCACUUGGGUGGAGUUGGGCGGUGACAAGUGCGACAGUGAGUUUGACUAAAAAAAUUGCAAUCAUCGAGUGUGGGAGUUAAUUUAAUUGCUACAGGUAGCAAUAAUCCAAAUAAUAUGCUGCACACGAUCCCGAAUAGUGCCGCACAUCAUCUAAUCAGUCAUAACAAUGCUCUGCUGCAGCAGCAUCAUCAACAGCAAAUGCAACACAUCACAAUACAACAACUAAUAUGAAUCAGAAGAUUAUUCUUUGAAAACAACUGGCCAUACGAAAUAUAAUAAUUUAGGUAGUGUCGGCGGCAAAACAAUGGAAAUAUUAUUAAAGCAAGCGGCGCAGCAACUAUAAACGCGUCGACUGCAAAUGCCGGUAUAUGUAAAAAUUGACCAAUAAGUUCUCGACAGAGAAUGAAGCAGCAACGGAUAACUUAAGCGAUUUUUUAGCAGGGCUUCGAAUAUGCACUUCUAAGCAGAUAUGUUAACGACUGAUAAUUGAUAACCUAAACCUAUCAAUUUUCUGUGGAAAUCGAAGUAGAUUAAAGUCAAUCGGCAGUAAAGUAAUUUUGAGUGCUGGCAACUGAUUCCUUUCUUGAGAUCAGUUUGUUUGGAUUAACGUAACGUAACGUUCAUUUGAACAUUUUACCAACGGCGAGCGCGGAAUGUGUCAUUAAACCUUUAUUUUUUUUAUUUUACUUGUACUGAGCAAUUUAAAGUUGAAAAUACGCUGUAUGUAUUUUUUUUUUUGAGAAGAUGCCUAAUAAGCACCGACAUUUUAAUGGGUGCUCAAAUUUUGGAAGUAAACGAAUAGACAACCGCAUGUGCAAUCAUAAUCAGCUCUGAGAGGGUUAAUCGUAUGUACGUAUAUUUUGCCAGUUUGAACCAUCUUAAAUUUUACUGAAUGAUUUUUCAACUACGUACAUGUGUAAGUAUGUAACUAUAAAUACAUACGUAAAAACAUAUUUUCAUUAUAUGUAGAAGUAAACGCACAUUACAUAUAAAAGUUUAUAGAUGGAAUACUAAGUUUAAGGCGAUAAUGUAGGUAUAGAGAAAUUGAAAUGCCUUUCGGCCUUGUUUGUUGUAUUUUGUAUAUUUUUACUAUACUAUUAAUAUAAAUACAUACUUAAUGAACAAGAAAAUCUAUGGUAUAUUAUAGUGGAAAAGAAAAUGCUAUGAGUGUAAGAUAUUUUAUAGCAGUUUUUUAAGUAAUUACUUUAGUUCUAGUUUUAAUAAAAGGCCGUUCUCUGUACAUAUAUGUAAGUAGUUUUAUUUAAAAAAUAUGUAAUUCUAACUCUUAGAAUGUAAUUUUAGUAUCGAAUAAAAAGUGUAGAAGUAACACCAAAUGUUCUUACCAUAAAAAGUUUUAUUGUACUGUUCUAAACGGAAAACUCUUUAUACACAAUUACAUACAUACAUAUAUUAACUUUUGUAAUAUUGAAAGUAGUUAUUGAAUAAGCAAUCGUCUAAAUAUUUAAAACAUAAACAACAUACUUACAUAAACAUAUAUAUGCUUGAGGAAAUAAAAAAUGCGAACAUUGUAUUUCAUAAAUUAUCGAUAAUCUUGUUCUUGAUAGUUGAAGAUUAGUUAACAAAAAAAUAGUAGUACAUAAUUGAAAAUUAUAAAACACAAUUGCAUGCUGGCUCAAGUGGUGAACGAAAUC